AGAGGCUUGCGUUUCUGGAACCGACUAGGGAAUACGGCAAUGAAUAAGGCAACCGUCGCCGCACUUUCGGUAGCUUUGUACCUAUACUCCUAUCCAGCAGAAGCAAGGAAUAAUACAGUAUUAGAUUAUCCGAAAUGGAAAGCGCAGGAAGACGCAAAACAAAAAAAGCAUUUUGAAAAACUUCAGAGAGUGGAGCAGGACAAAGCUAACACUGCUUUGCUGAUGAACUUGCAGAGCACUCUUUACAUAAACGGUUUACCUGACGCACAGAAACACCACAUUUAUGCCGCAAUAACAUCGCUGAAAAUUGCAGCCACAGUUAAUGAUGUCGAUUUCAAAAAAGCUGCUUUCAACGAUGCGCUCGGCACAUUUAUUAGUGUUUUAUCGUCCUAAAUAAGCCCAUUGCAUAGACGUAGGUGCGCUUAACCGUAAAAUGUUCGUCACUCAAAUGACAAUAAAUAAACAUAUACAAACACAGCGCUAUAAACAAGA